AUGAAGAAGAAGGACUGGAAGAAGUUCUACCACUGGGCGACGACGAAGGCCGCACCCCAGGAGCCGCCCCAUCGUGACAGGGGACGUCCCUUCCAGCCUCCCUCCGUGCCCUGCUGCUUCCAGCACAAUGAAGUCGAGGCCGACUUCUGGUCCCAGCUCCGAUUCCCCGUUCGCAAGGAAGCUCUCAAGGGCCAAGCCUCUCCGCGAAUCAUCGAUCUGGCCAGGCCCCGCACCCUGCCACCAACUCCGCAUCGCCCGAUUCCGCCGAAAACCCCGGCCCCGCUGGAUGUGCCGCCACCAAAGCGGAAAAAGUUCACGCCCCAAGGCUGGCGCCUCCACCAGAUACGCCUGACCUAUCUGUCCCAACCCAUGAACAGGGGGCACUACGAAUACUUUUAUCUGUGAGCAGAGGCGUGCCCCCUUUCCUUAGUUUGCAUUGGAUUAAAUUUUUAAUAGUGUUUUACUUUUAAGAAUGAGCUUAGAGAUGAGCUUCAGAUGACAGAUCCAGUGUCUCAGAGAUUAUUUUUAUGGCCUAUUGACCUUUUCUUCAAUGAAAUAAAUGUAU